UUGUGGAGGUUUUUGAUUCAUUGCAUUUAUAAUGUUUCUCGCUACUUGUUUUGGCCUGUAUGUUUCACUGUCAUUAUUGUUAUUUUUAUUAUCCACCCUUUUCAAUGAAGUAAACAUUCUGUGUCUAUAUACUUUAAAACAAUAGGCACAAAUGCAUUUUAAAUGUAAAAGCUCCUUCUCAAACCUGUGAUGUUAUACUUUAAAGUUCAACAUGGGGAUCAGAGUUUACAUCUCCAAUCCAGUUUACAUCUAUACACAUUGCUGUCCCGUGUCUGUGGGUCUCUUCGUCAAUCAAGCAGACUCUGCAUUGAUCAGCAUGGGUGUGGUGGCUCACAGUAGGAAGUGGAAUCUCUUUUAUAACAUCUUUGUUGUUGCAAACUUUAAGUCAUGUUAACGCUGUAUAAUAAUAGAUUUUCUGUUUAUGCAUAACCAGUUUGUAUGCUUGAGGCUUUCAUAUUCUUUUCAUACAGUUCAUUAUCUGCGUUUGUUGAACCUUUGUAUCAGGUACCAAUAUUAAAUAAUAAAUAAGCCUGCAUACAUGCGAUAUUACGGAAAAUAUCAUAUUAGCUGAAAGGGUUGAAGGUGAGCAUGAUCAAAUUGGGCAGGCCUGGACAAGAGAGGAAGACCGGGAUGGGGAAGAGGGGACCAGCUGCUACCGGCCCACAGUGUGCCAGGCCUGAACCGGUGAAGGUGACGCCGCAGACAGCCAAGCCAUGCCUGCCUGGAUCACAGAGAUGAUUGCACUCAUAUGGUCCAUGUCCACACCUGUGGGCUUGGAACUGUGGGCAGCCAGGCCAUCUACACCGACAGUGCCCAACCACCACUGUUUCACCACCUAUACACGUGCUGGAGGAGUCUGACAGCACAGUCGGGGGAGUCUAACAGCCCACGCCAGUCAACCAGCGCCAACUGUGAGGGUUCCUGGGCCUCGCCUCCUACUACCGCUGGUUCAUUCAGGUCUUUGCCACCAUCGCUGCCCCCUUGCACCAGCUCUUGAAGAAGGGAGAGCCGUUUGUCUGGACAGAGGAACAGCGGUUGGCCUUUGACACCCUGCGGGAGGCCCUAACCAGGGAGGAGCACUAUACUGCGCUCAUUGAAAAGGUAGGGCUGGCACUUUCCACAGCACCAGCCCCUACCGUAACACCAGCAAUGUCGGCACCGAAGGCUCGGGUGAUGAAGAUGAUGGCGGAGGAUGACCCAGAGGAGCACUUGGUGGCAUUUGAGAGGAUGGCUACCACCGCGUCAUGGCCGUGGGAGCUCUGGGCAAGCCAGCUGGGACCCUGCCUGAUCGGGGAGGCUCAGGCAGCCUACCAGGCCAUGAGCGACCCAUGCGCCGCCAGUUAUGCCCUGGUCAAGCUGGCCAUUCUCCGCCGCCUCAACAUUACGGCAGAGACCCACCGGGUAUGGUUCAGGUAGUACCGAAGAUCCCCGGAGACAUGCCCCAGGGUGGUUGCAGAGCAGUUGUGUGACCACAUGAUCCACUGGCUGACCCCCGAGGAGAAAACCAACCUGGAAAUGGGGGAAGCAGUGGUGGUGGAGCAAUUCUGCCAUGUGGUUGGCACCGAUACUCAGGUCUGGAUACGGCGCCACAACCCCGGCACCCUGGAAGCCGCCAUAAAACUGGCGGAAGAUUACGAGGACUCCCUGGUCUCCGCUCGGAUUGGGAUACUGUCGGUUCCCGCCCCUCGGAGCAGCCGACCCCUACCUCUCUCUCCUCCAACACCACCUCUACCAUCAGUCCCGGGACCCAGACCUCCGAGACCGCCGACCCCAAUGGGACCCCUUGCCUCCUCUUCAUGGAGACCAAGGUUGGCCCUUAGCUGGGGUAGAGGUGCUGCCCCUGCCCUGUUGCCCUACCAGCAACGGGACAACUAUUUAACCAAUGUUCCCUCUCUCCCCCCAAUGUGUUUUAGGUGCAACCAACAGGGACAUCUGGCCAGGUCAUGCCCCGCUGCCAUGGAGUGUGACGUGGCCGCGUGUAACUGGGCACCUGGUGUCAUUGUGCGGGAGAGACCUUACCGGAUCCCAGAAAGUCAACGAAGUGGCGUUCGCAAAGAGGUCCCGAGUACCUCCUCAACCUGCUGACCCGCUAUGUCCCUGCCCGCAAGCUGAGGUCCUCCGAAUCUGGCCUGCUUGUUAUCCCCAAGCAAAAGUGCACCACACUUGGAGAACACUCGUUUAGCUUCAUGGCUCCGACUCUUUGGAACUCUCUCCCAGCUUUGAUGCGUGAUGCUCCCACCGUUGCUUGCUUUAAAUCAACUCUCAAGGCCCACCUGUUCUCUCUUGCUUUCCAUGCUCUUUAAGCCUGAUAUCUGCUAUUAGCUGCUGUGUUGUUGCUACUAUUUCAUGUAUUAUGCAUUUUCACUGUAUUGUAUUAGGCAUUGUUUUUUUUUUACUGUAUAUCAUGUAUUAUGCACUUCUCUGUAUUUAAAGUAUUAGGGAUUCUGGCGUUACUGCAUCUUGUAAAGGGCUUUGUGAUGGUGGUCCACUAUGAAAGGCACUAUAUAAAAUAAAGAUGAAUUGAUUGAUAGAAAAGAAAAAAAAUAGUCUUUUUUUAUUUUUUAGUUACUUACCCACCGCUUUGUGGGUGAGUGAAUAAAUGUGCCUGUCUACUCAAAAAUAGGGCCAGAUAUCGGGCCUAAUGGAGGAAGCACGCAGUUGUUAUUAUUUUUAUUUUUAUUUUUUUAAAGGCCGCGCACAACGAGUGGGCGUGCCGAGGUCACCCAGAGCCCUCGAGUCAACAUUGGCGGCUUUUUUUUUACAGCUGCAAAAAGCAGAGGAAAAUUAUAGAAAGGUACAUGCAGCAAGCUGCAGGGCUUAGAAAGAAGACUAUGAUCGCUACGCGAUGUAGGCUAUUGAAAAAUUUGCAAGGGAACUGAGAGAAAGCUCUUAAAAGAGUCAAUCACACAACUGGAAGGUUAGUUUUAUACUCAACCUACCUACCUGUUCAUGAAAGGCAAAAGAGACUAAAGCCUUCUUGCAGUGACUGUUUAUUACCUUGGGAGGCGGGACCGAGGGCGUCCCUCCAUGGAGGGGCCUAUCGGCAGCUUUGAUAUAAAAUGCUCAUCAAAUACUUGACAAGCAGGCAUAUCCCAAAAGUACUGUUUGGGCGGUCAUCUUCAAAUUGAAAGGGAAGGCGGGGCUUUCCCGAAGUAAGUAAGCUAAAUUAAUUGCGUAUUUCAUUAUUGUUUAGUUCAUUUACUAAAGCUAUAAUUAGCAAUGUCAAACCAUGGCCGUUUCUUAAUUGAAUUAUAUUUUCUGACGAUGAAGAAAUUAGCUCAAAGCUAUUUUUCUAGCUAUACAUUCUCUAAAGAAAAUGGAUCACUUUAAAGGAUGUAGUCACUACACUACACACCGUUGGUUUCAUAAAGACAUUCUGUCUGGAAAGCGCCUCAUUGCAAAUAACAAGGCAGAAUUAGCAAAGAAACAAUUGGGAGGAUUAAUUCUGCGUUUCCAUUAAAAGGGGCGCUCUUUAAAUUACAAUCGGGUAAUACAUAGCAGUGGACCUAUUUUAGAGCAACAAGUCAGUCAAUACGCCUUUAUCAGUGUUUCAUAUUUUAUCCUGGUUAUUAUUAUAAUGCCAGUAAAACGCUAAACUUAAUUUGUGGAGUACUGUACAUAGGAUUACUCUCACAUGACAUUGCUGGACUGUUACUAAACUGUUUCAUUUGUUUUUAUUGUUACUGUAUUGUAUUGCUAGCAAUAACCUAAAUAGGAUUUUCAGCAAUGAGCCAAGUGAUGUCUAUAAACAUUAUAACAUUAUCAGAAACUGGUGGCUCUUCAUUUUCCAAACAGCAGUGUCAGAUUAUUUUUAGCAAACUUGUAUUGAUAAACUGCCUGCCAAAUGAAGCAAAGCAAAUACUAAAUAUACAUUCAUCUCUAAAGAUAUGCGGCUGAUUUAACAUUAUCAAGAGUAAUGGUUUCCAGGAAUUUUGCCAUGAAAUGGAGUCAAGGUACCAAGUCAGAAGCUGCACAACAAUUGCAAAAAAUAUAGUUAUAUAAAAAAAUAUAGUUAUUAAAAAAUUUAAUUAUAUAGUUAAACAAAUGGCUACAGUUAUAGCCUAAAGUUUUACGUCUCCCUAUAGAAUUAACUCAUUUUGCUUCAUAAAGUCGAUUGAAACCUGCUGUAUAAUGUUACAUUAACGUACUGAAUUACAUACUUCUUUGUAGUUUUCCAUAUACAGUAGACUCCUGUUAAUCUGUGUUUCAAUAAUUUGUGUUUCUAUAAUUUGGUUUAAUACAGUACAUUAUCAAAAUGUAUUUGUGCAGAAAUCAUCUGCUCUAUGCAGAUGAAGGUAUUCACAUGCUUAUUAGUGUGAAAAUCAGCUGAUCUGUGUACAGUAUAGUGCAAGUGCUGUAUUGUAGUUACCGAAACCAGUGACAAGCGAGCAGAAAGCAGAUUUAAGACUCUCUUAGCCUGGCAGUCUGAAUAUGAAGAGCAGUUAUGACAAAGACUCGGAGCAAGAUCAGUGACCUUUUUUAAACUAGCUCUCUCUGCUUCUGAACAACGCUGGUUAUGUACAGUAUAUAUUUUGACCGUUGUUGGGACAUUAUAUUUUAUUUGUAUUACUGCAUUUUUCGAAUUCUCAAUUAAUAGCGCAGGGAUUUCCCAAACAGUAAACUCAAUUUUGGCUAAUCCGUAUUUUUUACAAAUUCUGGCUCAUGUCUGUCCCAAUCUGCAUGGAUUAACGGGGGUCUACUGUACUGGCAAAAACUGAAAGAUGUGACAUUUCAAAAUCUAACAUGAAAUACUGUACUACUAUUAUGGCUUCCGGUAGACUUUUGCAAUAUAAUUUUUAUUUAGUCUCAUUCCUAAAAUUCUAGGUGAUGCAAAACUUUGGGCCAUAGCUGAAUAUCUGUACUUCCAGUUAUUGCCAAAGUAUUUGAGUUUAAUAAAGGAACAAUUUAGUUUGGUAGAACAGAAUAAUAUCCUAGCAGGUCAUCAGUCGGUACACCAACUGCAGUUCUCAAUGUGAUUAAUGAAAUAGCGCUUGCUUUGGGUACUGGUAAACGUGUAGGUGCUUUAUUACUGGAUUGAUCUAAAGCCUUUAAUUCUGUUGAUCAUACAAGUCUAUGUUGGUUGGUUCAAGGAUUAGGCCUACCUAAAAGUUUAAACACAAGCAAUAAGAGUUGAUGGUAUUAUUUAGACCUUUGAGCCUCUAUGUAAGGCCCAAUCCUCUCUACUGUUUUGUAUUUUGCAGGAUACUCCAUACAGGCAGUACAGAGGGAUAUGCAGGCUGCAUUUAAUAUUGUACAGCACCGGCUAUUUCAGGACAGAUUAUUAUUUAAUGUAUCCAAGGAAGAAAACAAUGCUGUUGUGUUCGAAUAGGAGGAAGAUUAGAAAUCUGACUAGGGUUAUUGUUACAUUACAUGGAGUUAUUAGAGAAAAUUUCCAUUUAUAAAUAUCCAGGUAUAUGGAUUGAUGAGCACCUUACUUUUAAUUACCAUAUUGAUUAUUUUUUGCAUAUGAACUUGCGAAGAUGUGGAAUUGCUUCCAUCAUAGUAUGAAGAUGGCAUUUGAUAAUCUUUUCUUUUCUCAUUUUAAAGGGAAUUGCUUAGAAGCCAAUGCAUUGUUGUGCUUGAUUUUAAACAAAAUGCAUUCAUGCAGUGUGCUUAGUUAUUCAGCCUCCUUUGUCUUGAAAAUAAAAAUCUGUUCCUAGUAAAAUUGCCCGUACUUGCUUUGAAAUCUGCCUCACCUUUCUGGCCCAGGAAUUUUGUCUUCUCCAUGACCAGCACGCUGCUUAAGUGCCUAUCUGGUUGCAUUGCACGCAAGGUUGAGUGAUUGCAUACUUCCGUUGAAAGUGGGGUGUUUGAUAGACUGGUCAGUUCGUAAGUUUGUUGUUUGCAACUCUGAGGUCCUACUGUGCUAUUCUAAGAUCUCUGUAUGCUGCUGAUUAAGUGUGAACCCUGCAUGUUUUUAUUGUGGUGUUUGUAUAUUUUAAUUGUUUAUUGUUUCCCGGGACCCCCUUCUAAAUGAGGCCUCGCCUCAAUGGGUAAAUCUCCUGGUUAAAUAAAUAAAUAAAUAAUUGAAAAGUGAAAUGAACAUUAAUAAUAAAUAUCAUUUCACUCAGUGGGGGAAUGUCUGGAUGAAUAAGGGAGCACGAUGUAAGUCUUGUAAGAUAUAAUUUCGCCUAAGGGUCCCCCUGUUCCCGACAGCGGAGAUGAGCAUAGGCUGAAGCAGGGAGGAUAGGGCACCACACCCUGAAGAGGAGAAAAACAAUGCAGACAAACGGGGACGAGACAUACCCUGUGGUUUAAAUCGGGGGACUGAUUACCCUUGCAAAAGAUUACCACAGGGUUUGUGCAUGAUAUUUUUGCAGUUAUACCCAUGGUUACACUAUUCAUUUUCCAUAGUUUACCCUGGCCUCACUAUAAGGUGAGAAUCUAUUUUGGAGGCUGCUGUGCUUCUGUAUUCAAAGGUUUUCUAAGCUCUGAUCCUUCGCUGUAGGGUAAUGGUAAUUGAUUUUCAGAAGAGUAUCGCAAUGGAUUUUAGUACUAGGAAUUGCUAACAAGGGGUCACAGUUUAUGUAUUUCUUAGAAGGGUUUCCUUUUGAUUUUAGGGGUCUCAAUUCAAUAUGAAAUGCAGCUAUAACACAUAAAUGACUAAUGUAUUUUUAAAAUUAGAUUAUUUUUGGCUUAAUUAAAAGAAUCAUGCAAAAACGUAUAACAUUUUAAUUUGCAGUCUGUUUCUAAACAAAAUUCAAUGCAUUCUUUCUUGGGAACCAAAAGGGUAAAUAUAAUUUAAUUUGGUACCCAUGAACCAUGUUAACUUGGAUCUGUUAUAAUACUGGGGAUCAGAUUGUACCAUAGAAAUGCUUCAUUUUGUC